AAGACGACUAGGCAGAGAAGGGGAGGGUUUAGCUGUUUGAUUCCUGAGAGAAUGGGAAGCGAAGCCAAGAGCAAUGGCGGCAAUGGAGGUUUCAGGUCAAGAAUGGAGUACUACCUCUACAGUGGGGACAAGAAGCACGUCCUUGCGGGCAUUGCCAUCUUCAGCAUCGCCUUUGGGAUUCCAUGGUAUCUAAUGACCCGAGGAACAAAGCAAGAUUCUCAUCAAGAUUACAUGGACAGAGCUGAAAAAGCAAGGAGGGCAAGGCUUUCUACAAGUUCAUCACCUGAUAAAAAUGAUAUUUGAAAGCUUACCAUGAGGAGCAUAAUUUCUUCAAGAGACAAUUGCGAUGGUUAGAAGAUAUAUUGGCCCGUCUCUUUUUAAGAACUUGCACAACAGCCUCGCUUCUCAUGAUCCACAAAUAAAUUUAUACAAGCACAUUUGCAGAUAAGCUUUUGUUUCUUGUGUUGUUUUUUGAGUUGUAUUACUGAAAUGCUUUCUGAGAGGUACUCAAAAUUGGUUUGGGAAGUAGAAAUUGCUUGAAAUUUUCCUAUAUGGGAAUUUGAUUUGACAAGUUGGCAGAUCAUUUUUUAGCAUGGCUGAUAUUAUUAUUAAUCAGGUGAUCCAAAUUAUUGGUGGUGA